CUUAAUUAUAGUACGUAGCUUCAAUUAUUCAAUUGAGAGUAUACUCUGAUCAUGGCGGCCAUGAAGUUGGUAUUCUCGCGGCUUCCAGGCGGAGGCUACGUUCAGCUGCGCGAGGGCUAUUCCAAUUUGGACCUUCUCGCCGCCGUCAGCGUCGCUGAUUCCGAGAUGGAACGAAACCGUUGUAACAACAAUUCAUUACUCCACCCGCCGCCGCCGCAGAAGAAGAAAACAUCCUCUGUGGUCCCGAGGAACAAGAGGAGUAGCCGCCGCAGAAUCAGUGAUUCCGUCCUGAAAUGUGUCGUCUCCGCCUUCAAAAAAUUGUCAAUCGGAGGAGGACCCACCGGCAAUAACCAGAAAAUUAGGUCGGCGGCCAGGAAAAUCAGCAGGAAGCGGGUUCACCCGCAGCCGGCGGCCGGUGAGGCUGGGCCCAUGCCGGGGAGAUUCAGGGACGGAAUCCGACAAUUGGCGGGGCCCGACGCGGAAAUAGCGGAGGAGAAUCUGCUGAUGGAAAAGGAGAUAACGGCGAGCGACUUGAGUCUGACGGCGGAAGAGGAGAUGCGGCUGGCCACGAGCCAGGACAAGAAGGUGGGCUCCCUCGACGACGUGGCGCUGAUCGCGACCAUCGGUGGUGACGUGGUGAAGAGUGAAGUGAGCCUGCGGAGAUGCGGAAGAAGAGCGGGAAAGCCAGCGUGUCAUUCAUCGUCACCCGCACGUGGAACCAAAUUCAGAAAAGUCUCCGUUUGACGGAAGGGACCAAAGUCCAAAUCUGGUCCGUCCGAGUUGACGGCAGAUUAUGGUUGUCCCUCGUACAGCUCCCUCCUAUGUGACAAAUUAACACUUUGAGUGAUGAUUAACUUUGUUCAUGAAAAACACAAGUAGUGCAGUGAUUUAUUAAUUUAAUUUCCUGGAAUCUUAAUUACUACGGAUUAUGUAUUGAAUUAAUUCAUUUGAUCGAGUAUGAUAUUGACAUUCUUUUAGUAUGUAUGAUGGUUCCUUAUUUGUUAUGUUAACUAAUUGAAUUGAAGUAAUUGAUCGAUAGUUAAU